AGAAAACGUGCGCCAAAGCUACUUUCCAUAAACAUGCAAGGAAUCGACGGAUGUAAACUAUCCUCGAGACAUGGCCCCAGAUUCUCACACAUCAACUCGUCCGGUUGCGGAAACUGUUUUGCUAAUAUCCAUUGUUGGACGUUUUGAGUACGCAGGAACCCUAACCCCGCGGUUGCUCAGUGCAGAUUUAAUUGAAGUCCAGGAUCUCGAAUCUCCCACUGAAAAUGAAUCAGGAGAAUGAAACGUCUCACAAAUUUUCUGCACAUGAGAAGAGGAGUGGAAGUCCUAUAAUUGCUGCUAUAGAAAAUCGAGAUGCCAAGAGGCGGUCGAUUGGACUGGCAGAGGAUUCUUCAACCAUGCUUGCUGAAUCUUCUGAGUUUACAAAGCUUGAUCCUCCUCCUACUUGUGCCUUGGACCCGAGCAAAAGUCCGGCUCCUAGAAUUCCCCAAACAAAACAACAACUGAAAGACAUGGGUUCAAUACUUGCAUGUGUGGAUGUUGAUGAUCACGGGUUGGAGAGCUUUAUUUAUUACAUUACUAGUGUGAAUGAUACAAAAGCUGCAGAGGAUGUGCUGAUAGCUUCAGGAUAUGAAAAGGGCUCUAAAGAGUAUAUGGUGCGAUAUAAUUCGUUGAUGCUGAAUCAACGGUCAUACGGACUUACUGUGAAAAGAAAGAACCUUGAUAUUAGCGGGGGUGUGCGUGUGGAAGCUGUAUUGAAUGAAGAUGGCAGAUAUGUACUUGGUAAGGUGCAAAAGCACCGGAUGGGUUGAUGCCUACCACACGCAUCAAACCAUAUGUUAAACAGCCCAUCCAAACACAGAUAAGCUCGGCAGCCUGCUGACCUUUCCACUCACGGCUUUAUACAAUAAGCUCGGCAGCCUGCUGUGUUCCAAUGGAUCUGAUGUCGUUAUUUCCCAAUGAUAAAAGAGUGCCAGAAAAGCCGGGAGACACGACGACAACGGGAAGGUACGCCGCCUUGAUAUUGUAAAGGGGUUAGGGGGUGUUCCAACUUCCAAGCCUCCUCAAGAAGUCAGAACACUGUGAUAUGUGGAUGCCACCAGCCAAGAGCUUACUGAUCUGGUGCUUGGAUCUCAAGUUCUCAACCAUGUAAAAUGCUCCGUACUACGUAAUUGUUUUCAUGGAGCUAUUAAUUGUGCCACCAGAAUAUCCAGAAAUUGAGUAGUUGCAGU